UGCAAAUUGUACAAAAGUAAAUUUGAAUUCCUGAAUAGAGUUGUUGGGAGAAUAAAAGUGUUUUUGUUUGGUGCGCGUAUUCCUUAAUGAAAAAUGUCUUGCGCAAUUUGUUUCGAACGUUUUAAAGGAGCUGAUAAUAAUUUGUACUCCACUACUUGUGGGCACAUUUAUCAUUUUGUUUGUAUGCAACAAUGGAAAAGCCGAAGCACUAGUUGUCCACAGUGUCGAGCUUAUAAUCCAAAAACGCAUAAAAUUUACUUGGAACUAGAUGAAGAGCCAAAUUCCUCACUGCUUGAAGACCAACUACGAGAAUGUCGCUCAAAAAUAGCACAAUUAGAGCUGGAACUCAAAAGAACUAAUGAAAGGGUGCCAAAAGCAGGAAACACAAUCAAAUGUCAAAUGUUACAAGAAACACUUGAAAGCACUCUGGAACACAAUGGAAACCUUGAAAAGAAACUUACAGAAGCUGAGAUUAAGAUAAAUGAACUACAAAAAGGCAUGAGAACUUUAAAUAUAAACAUUAAUAAGAUAACUACGGAGAAAAACAAAUUAGAGCAAAACUAUGCAAAUCUCCAAGUUGAACAUAAUCGUAUUAAAAUUGUUAACGAAUCACCAAAUACACGUAUAACUAGUAUCCUCUCGAAUUUGAUACGAAAUUCAAGUUUAAAAAUAAGCAGAACCCUAAUUAUUCCAGGUUCUAAUUUAACAAACUACGUUUUGUAUCUGGGUCAUAAAAUGGAUGUUCAUUAUGUGCGCAGCGAUAUAAUUAAAACAGUCCUACUUAAUGACGAAAACACAUUACUAGUACAAUUUAAAACAGCACAACUGCGAGAGACCUUCUACAGUAAUCGAUAUAAACUUAAUUACUAUAGUGAAACCGAAACUAUUCAAUUCGACGAGGUAAACAAUGAAGCACUUUUGAAUAGUACCCUCUUUGAUUAUGCCCUAAAUCUGAAAAUGUUUAAUUAUAAAUCAAUAUUUCGACAAAAUAAAAAAGUCAUGGCUCGCAAGGAUGAGUAUGAAGAUCCCAUACGUAUUUACAGUAGAGAACAUGUCGAAGAGUUAAUCGAAGAAGAAGACGAAUCUUAUGAAAUAUUCUCCGGUUUUGCAUUGUGUUUAAGUUACUAACUUUAGAAUUUAAUUUUUUUUUAUUAAUUUUAAUUCUUUUUAUAAAAUCAAUAUUUAAUGGGUAAUUUUUUUCAAACAAACUUUCUUUGUUCUGGAAACAUUUUUGUAAACUUAUAAACAAAUAUGUAAUGUUUUCUUAACUUAAAAAAUAGUUUUGUUUUACCAAGUUAUUUUGAAAUAUUAAUGAAUUAAAAACUGUUUUUCUUUUUUGUUCCAAAGAAUAGUACAAAGCCAAACUCA